UGGUUCUGUUAGUCAGAACUUGAUCUGUGGGUCUGGUGUCGCCUGAUCUUUUAAGGGACAUACUUUUAAUUUUAACAUUACAAUCACUUCCUCUGGUUCUCCUCCUGACUUGUUAAUAACUUGAGUCCACUCCUCCUCCAGGGACGUCACAGCAGACAUUCAGCCUUCAGCAGCAUCAGAGAAUCUCUGAUCAGCUCAUUGUCACUCUGUAGACGAACCGCUGCAGCUGCUGAUGAAACGCUUGUGAAACUGAAGCACUGAUGUUUUUCCUCUUCAUGCAGUUCUUCACUGAGUCAUAAUGUGAUAAACUCUCCUCUGAACCUGACUGAACAUGCUGUAAAUCUCCUCGUCUUGUUGCUUUCCUCCCACUUCUUCAGUCCCUUUUUUUUCUCCCCCUCUCUCUCUGAUAGCUGUUAUUAGUUCAGUCUUCUCCUGUUUUCAGGGAGAUAAUAACACAGAGCCCGUUGACUUUCAGUGUGUGUGUGUUGUUGUUGCUCCCUGUCAUUAAGCAGCGAGUCUGUGUGGUUAAAAUGACACAGCUUUGACUGUUUGAAGCUCUGCCAGCUUCACCAUCUGAUCCCAGAUCUUCCUUCCAGAGAGCCGGUCAGCCCCUCUGGCUUCAGUCCAGCUUCCAAAGAUUCAGUUUAGAGCCAGAAGUCUGCAGGUUUUCCCUCCCGGCUGCUGUGGACGGACGCCAACUGCAGCAGCAUCUCGUCUCUGUCGUUCAUUGUGAUGCUGUGCAGCUGUGGAUUCAAAUCUGCAGAAUGACAUCGAGCUAAGACAGUAUUUGUCAUAUGAACUCUUUCUGGAAUAAUUGGCUGUAAAUGUGAUUAAAUGAAGCCAGAGAAGGUUUCCCUCAGGACACAGCCGGAGCGCCACUGACUGAGUUUCACCACUAGGUGUCCUCCAACCUACAUGAAGGUCAGCAGUGACAGUUCAUGUUGAGGAUCACAUGAAUACAGAAGCUGAAGUUACCACAAUGACACAGACAAGAACACAUUUCCAGGACUAAUGCAGAUAUUUUCCUGCAUGUGUCGGAAUAAAAACCUCAGGAGUAAAUACAGUAAAUACCAGCGAGGUGAAAGGUUUAAGUUUUGGAGCAGAGUUCCUCGUGACUCUUUGAGAGGUUUGGACUGAAACAUAAAGACAACCGCAACAGGAAAAUACUGUUCAUACAUCUCUGCAUCAGUAUUUAUAAUAUAAUGUUAGAUCUAAUAAUGUAUUGUCUCAAAGUAUUUCUCCCCAUUCUGCCUUUAACAUGUUGCUUUGCAAAUGAACCGUCUCCUGUUUGAAACUGUCCUGAACUUUCCAUUUUCAUUCUUCAUGUCCUCCUCUUUAACUUUUUAUCUUCAUCAGGCACUUCAGAGAAAUAUUCACUAGGUGGCGACGUAGUUUUAAAUAUCUGAGUCAUGAGAAGGUUUUAAUGUGAAACUGAGGCAGAAGGAUUUAGAAAAUAUAAUUUCUUUAAUUUCUUCUAUUUUAAUUUUUUAUCUAUUCUGACUGUAACUCUGAGAUAUAAGAAGAAACACAUCAAACAGCAUUUUACAGAUCAAUGUUAUAAUUUAAUUUGACUUGAUUUUGACAUUUACAUUCAGUGAAGUUCUUAGUUUAGUUCUCAGUAUGACAUCUUUACUUUAUUCUCACUUCAUUUUCUUUUUACUUUACUUUUUUUCAUUAUGUGAUGAUAUUUUGUUUUUUUAAAGACACCUGUGAUCAUAAGUUUUCUUUCUAUUAAGAAUAAUUGAAGCUUUUCUUCAUCCACUUCUUUUAUUUAACAAUGUUUUUCUAAUAUUAUAAUUAUUGUCUUUUAUUUUUGUGUUUUACAUCAAUGAAUAACAUUUAAUUUAAAUAUAAGUGUUGUUUUUCGCCAUGUUGACUCUUUUUCUUCAGUCUUCCUUUAUUCUAACACUUUUAUUUAAGAGUUCAACAUGUUAUAUUUGUAUAUAAACACGGUGUUGAUUGGUUGAUUCGUCCUCUACGUUCCUUCUAUUUGAUUUAACUUCAUUAAUAAAAAUCCUCCUCCGCUGGGGGCGUGGCCAACAGACGCGCGCUCCCGCCUCUCCCGGCGCGCCCCCGCCCUCCGUGAGCCGAGCAGCGCGCAGCUCCGUGUGUGUGAAGUUCUCCUGCGGGCUCCUGCUGUCACUCCGCGUCUCCUCCCGCACACAUGGAUUUACCCGCUCCGAGAGGAGACUGACCGCCGGCUCCUGCUGCCGCUCCUGCCCGCCUCCAGCGCUCCUUCAGCCGGGGAAACCCUGCAGCACGAGUCCGAGCGUCUGAACCAGCACCGAGCAUUUUUUCUUUUCUUCUUCUUCUUCUUCUUCUUCAUUUAUUUGUUUGCUGCCGCCUCAUUUAUGGAUGUCAGGGGCUCCGAGUGACCGCCUGUGAUACCCGUGGACACCGCUGAAGAUGGAGACAGUGAUGGAGAGGGAGUGCAGCGCGCUGGGGGGCCUCUUCCAGACCGUCAUAGGAGACAUGAAGGGCAGUUACCCAGUGUGGGACGACUUCAUCAGCAAGGCCAGUAAACUACAGUCACAGCUCAGGACGACGUUUGUCGCUGUAGCAGCCUUCCUGGACGCUUUUCAGAAGGUGGCCGACCUCGCAACCAACAGCCGAGGAGGCACUCGGGACAUCGGCUCGGCCCUCACCAGGAUGUGCAUGAGGCACCGCAGCAUCGAGGCCAAACUCCGCCAGUUCUCCAUGGUGUUUCUGGACUGUCUGAUCAACCCUCUACAGGAGCAGAUGGAGGAGUGGAAGAGAGUCGCCAAUACUCUGGACAAAGAUCACGCCAAAGAGUAUAAAAAAGCUCGUCAGGAGAUCAAGAAGAGAUCGUCAGACACGCUGAAGCUGCAGAAGAAAGCAAAGAAAGCUGAUGUAUUUGGCCGCGGGGACCUGCAGCCUCAGCUGGACAGCGCCAUGCAGGACGUCAGCGAUAAGUACCUGCUGCUGGAGGAGACGGAGAAGCAGGCGGUGAGGAAGGCGCUGGUGGAGGAGAGGAGUCGCUUCUGCUGCUUCGUCUCCAUGCUGAGGCCGGUCGUGGAGGAGGAGAUGUCCAUGUUGGGGGAGAUCACUCACCUGCAGACCCUGACAGACGACUUGAAGGUGCUGACGAUGGACCCGCACAAGCUGCCGGCCUCCAGCGAACAGGUGAUCGUGGACCUGAAGGGCUCUGAGUGCACCUGGUCCUACCAGACUCCGCCCUCGUCGCCGAGCACCACCGUAUCCAGGAAGUCAAGCAUGUGCAGCAGCCUGAACAGCGUGAACAGCAGCGACUCUCGCUCCAGCGGCUCUCACUGUCACUCCCCCACCUCGCAUUUCCGAUACCGCGCCUCCUCUUCCUCCUCCUCCUCGGUGCUCCCCCAGCAGACGCCGGCCCGCCUCUCCUCCGUCUCCUCCCACGACUCCGGCUUCAUCUCUCAGGACGCCUUCCAGUCCAAGUCGCCCUCGCCGAUGCCUCCGGAGAGCUCGCAGUUGUCAAACGGUUUUGAGCACCACGCUGCCCUCUGUCUGCACGGAGCGGUACUGCAGGCCCAGGACUCCCACCUCCACCCUCCAUACUUCACCUCCUCCUCCUCCUCCACCACCACCUCCCCCAUGUCCUCGCCCUCCUACUCAUCUGUCUCUCCCACCUGGCCGUGGACUCGCUCAGGCUCCGGCCAAUUAGGAGAGUUCCUGCCUCUCGGAUUGCUCCCGUCGUCCAGAGUCCCGUCCUGGAAGGACUGGGCCAAACCGGGCCCAUACGACCAGUCGAUGGUCAACACCCUGAAGAGGAGCAAGGACAGGAGAGAGACUACAGAUCCCAGCAGCCACCAUGGUGCUGAUGUCACCACACCGGGGGAGGAGCCACAAGGGGUUAAAGGAGGUCACUCUGUGACGUCACACAAGGAGGACCGGGACGCCCACGAGGAGUUGGCCCGAGCGCUGGCCCGAGGCCUCCAGCUGGACAUCCACGGCUCCAGCAGAGACUCCCUGCAGGGCUCCAGCGGCUACAGCAGCCAGACCAACACGCCCUGCUGCUCCGAGGACACCAUCCCCUCCCAAGUGUCCGACUGUGACUAUUACUCCGUGGGGUUGGAUCAGGACGGCGAGCAGCAGCAGUCGUCAGACUUUGAUAAAUCCUGCACCAUCCCCAGAAACAGCGACAUCAGUCAGUCCUACCGCCGGAUGUUCCAGUCCAAACGCCCCGCCUCCACCGCCGGGCUGCCCUCCAACCCCUCUGCCAUCAUCACCCCGGGGGUCGCCACCAUCCGACGGACGCCGUCCUCCAAGCCCAACCUGCGACGACCCUCUGGUGGCCUCAACUUGGGCCCCAUUCCCAUCAAGCCCCCCAUGAUCCCGGUCAAGACCCCCACUGUGCCCGAUCAUCCGGGCUUCCCCAGCAGGUCGGCGUCAGAGGACGGGAACACAUCCAGAACCCCGCUCAGCCCCACGACCACCCCUCUGUCGCCGGGCAGCAGCGGGACUUUGUCUCCAAGGUCGGUGCCAUGGGAGGUAAAGCACCAGGGCGACGGGUCGGAUCCUCCCACCCCACCGCCGCAGCCCGGUGGUCGGGUGUCAGAGUGGGAGCGCCGGCCUCUCCCGGAGCUGCUGGAGGAGACGGAGUACAGCGAGGUGGAGGACUACCUGGUGGCGAUCCGACGAGGCGUCAGGCUCAAGAGGGCGAUAACCAACGAUCGGUCGGCGCCGAUCAUACACUGAGACUUGUUGGAUUGACUGAGCCAUUUUGCAUCCCUGGCUGAUUUUCAGCCAAAAAGGGGCACAAAAUGGAUAUAAAGAAGCUACGACAUCAAACGGACGCCGAGGAUAAGAAGAGGAAGUUGCCUGGAGACUCUGAUCGAGGAUCACGGAGCAGUGAGUUCAAUACAGAAAUGCCAAAUUUUGAUUUUAGGUUUAAACACUUGGCGCCGUCACCGUCUGGCCAAAGAGGAAUCGUUUGACGAGGGACGACAACCUUUGGAUUCGUGGAUUUGAGAAAACUCGAACGAAGCUGAGAGACACAUCGUGAAGGAAACUGACACUCGUGGAAAUCUUGACACAUUUUCUUUUUCUGGAAAACUGACUGUAGCAAUUUUCCUUUUGACAAGAAACCCCUUCAUCCUCCCGUAACUCGUUUUCAGUCAGUAUUACAUGUGACUAAUUCCAGUUCCCCACUUAAAAACUUGCUACUGGGAACUGAUCUGAGAUCAUUUCCACUGGGCAACUUCAGUAUACGAGAGGAAAACGUGUGAAGAGACGUGUUUGUGGCUCAAGGUCAAUCUUGUAGCAGAAGUUACUUAAAUGAAAACACUGAAUAGAUGUUAACGUGUGAAGUGUUGGGAUGAAGAGACGGUCGAUGACGUAGAAGAAGAUGAAACUGAAUUGGAAGGAGCGAUGGAAGUAUUUUCAAAAAGAAAAAAGAAAGAUCAAAUCAUUAUUUGUAUGUACAUAUUUAUGUGUUUGUACAUUUUCUUUGUCAUUCGUCCUUUUACGUCCCGAUAGUCUCCCAUUUUCCACUGAAGGUGCCAAAAGCCUGUGUGCUGAAUUUAACUUAAAAUAUCUCUAUUUAAUUAAAACGAUGCUGGAUUUUCUUUCUGUAAAAAACAUAGAUGGGAUGUCCGAUAGAGAACGAAGCUUCGACGCAUCCUGAAAGAGUAUUUGUAUACAUGAGGAAGCACCUUGAAGAGCGACACAACUAAAAGAGUUGUUUUUAGUGGUUAAAGUUAUUAAAACCACAAACAGUAGAUUGACCUGCAUGUUGUUAAAGUUUGCCCCCGGUAUUAACAAUCAUUUUGGCGUUUAAAUUAGAUUUAUAAAGACGGUGAAGUCCAACGGUAGCAGAUCAGGAACGGUGGGCGCCAACAACUUGUAGAUGAAGUCGGCUGCACGGAACAAAAUCCAGAGUUUGAGUCUUAGAUUGAAGUAUUAGAACUAAAUUAUUUGCUACGGUGUUCAUUUUCUGAAAAGCACUUUGAAUGUUUUGAAAAGAGUCUAAAUUCAGUGACAGCUACUCGUGCAGACGGACCUGAUCUGGGACCUUGUUGGCCUCCACGACUGUUUACUGUUCAACUCUUAACCAACUUAUAUAGCAGCUGUUCUUCAGUCCAUGGUAGUAAUAGAGGUUGUUACGACAGGUUCCGUGUUACUACUUAGCUAGAGUUAACUGGAGUAAUGUGGAUUAGUGUUGGUCUGUUGUAGUGAAGCCAGUGUGCCGACGGUGAGGUGUAUUUAGUUGGCACAGAUGUGAUCGGUCGAGGACGAGUCGAAGCUUAAGUAAAUUUGACUUUUUCGAUCUAGUGGUGGAAGAUUGGUCCCGAUACAUAAAUGGGAAAUGACCCAGAGGUACUAUCGUGUGGUCUCUGUCUGUGCUAACUAGCCACCGAACACCAACAGUCCAGUUUAUGAAGUGUUUUUCAGGCGGUUCAACACUUCCUCUGGCAGCCAUUUUGGAGGUCUUUAGCUCUAAACACAAGUCUGAUGUCAUUCUUUUGUUUGAUUAAUAUAAACAAAACGAUUAUUCAACUAACUUAAAUUCAUGAUUUGGACACGAGCUAAUGUAGGCUACAGCUUUUAGCAAAAGAUAGCAUUGUAGCACAAGAACAAAUCAAAUGUUUAAGAUUUUUUCCAGCGUCAACUAAUAUUUCCAGUCAUUUCAUGACAAGAUAUUCAACAUAGCUUUUAAAGUCAAAUCAAGAGGAAGACAAAUUAAAAAUUUUGCAAGCUAAUUGUUAGCUAAAAUCAAUGUCUUGUGUAAAUGAAUUGACUUUGGACACUAGCUAAUGGCUAGCAUUGCUAGCUAGCACAAGAACAAAUAAAAUGUAUCACUAUUUUGUUAUAAAUUUCUAAACUAGCCAACAUACAACAAGAAGCUGUGGUUGUAGCACAAGACUACAGAGGAUUCACAACAAGAUAUUUUUACUAACAUUUUGGUUUCAUUUCCACCAAGAAACACAAAGACUGUUAGCACACAGAUUGUUAGCGUAAUAUCAAUAUUUGGUUUUACUUGAUCUGAUUGUGACCCUGUAGCUUAACAAUCCAUCUUAUCAGUCUGACUUCCUUGCUUGUUUGAUGUUAAUGAACAUUUCUACACACGUAACAAGAUGUUUAGCUAACGGCGAGUCACAUCUCUGCUGCAGACCUCCAUCGUGGUGCCGGAUGAGGCCUUUAAAUCUGUGAGCCGACUGAAAAUCCUCCACUGAGCUGUGAUCAAACCGACGGCUGCAGCAGAUCUCAAAGCGUCGCACUGAUAUUCAUGUACAACUGCAACAAAUAUAUAAACCUGUAAUAGCCUAAAUGUUGAAUAACCCGAUGAGCUGAGAGUCUUAACUUGUGUUAGCGGGUAAUUAGCGUAAACGAGCUGAAAUAGACAAAACUUCCCUGUUGCUACUAAACAGAGUCAAAUUAUUUAUGUAGCCGAUUUAUUCAUUUCAAUGUUUCCAUUUCAUGUCUUCACACAUUUCUUAACUCACAUCUGUCGUGUUGAGCAUAUAAACAUAUUAACAGAUAUAUUUAAUAUGCAUGUUGUCUUUUUUUUUCUUUCUUUUAGUCAAACAAAAACAAUAGGCUGCUUUUUUCUACUGGAUCUAAUGGUUUUCCCCUCCGUCGGUCCGGUUCUGUCGGACCUGAACGCGUUUUUUUAGAUGCUGCCUGUCGUCUCUGAUCCGUCUCAUUAAUGUUUCAUAUUUUGUGCGACAGCAGUUUGACGCCGUGUAUGAUGACUGAAUCCUGUCUGUUUUAUACCAUUUUUUUCCCCCCGGUGCAGGUAAACGAAUACGAUCGUGUAGCUGAAGCGAUAACAAGCGUAUGAAGCCGAACGUUCGAAGCCUGUGAGGACUCGAUAACUGUGUGUGUGUUUGUAAAGAUCCAAGUGACGCCGACACUCGCUGAGGAUCAGAAGAGUGACAGUUUCUACAUUCAACACUUCAUCUGGUCAGAAAUAAAUCAUCAGCGAUCACUCGUCCGGUCCUGAGCGUGUGUGGAGGCCAUUUCUGUCUCUGAGCUGUCAAGUGUGUUCCCGCCUUUCAGCGUUUAGAUUUUAAUUUGAGACAAGUUGCCACAUUUCCCUGUGAUGCCCUGGGUUUCUCUCUCUUGUUGUAUUUUAUUCUCUUUAAGGUGCUAAGUUGUUUAAUAUUACACUUCUGGGUGAAACUGUCACUUGAUGCAGCUACUUUCUCUUCAUGUAACAUCAGAUAACGAUUAUAAAUGAAGUUUUUUUUUACUCUACACUUCUUUUUAACUCUCAUUUAGAAUUAGUCCUCAUUCUACAAACUUAUUUAACGUACGACGACUAACAACUGGGGUCCCAACUACUGUUAGACACAACCGUCACAGCAAAAUGUCAACUAAUUUCUAAGUUAUUGUUAUUUUAAGAAAGUUUUGUAUCUUUUCUUUAAACUGCAGCUUUUAUCACACGUACAAACUAUUUCAGCACUUAAAAAAACACAUGUAUUCUUCUUUAAUUCUGAUAUCUUACAACUAUUUUAAAUCUGUGAGUCCUUCAGUAUGACUCCAGAACACUCCAGAGGAAUUAACUGAUCUACAAAGUUGCGAAAAAUCGGAAUUACAGAAUAAA